UCCCUCGCGGCGCGCCGUGGGCCGCGCGGACGGGCGGCAUGGCGUUACGGCAGGCGUUGCAGCUGGCGGCCUGCGGGCUGGCCGGGGGCUCGGCCGCCGUGCUCUUCUCGGCCGUAGCGGUGGGCAAGCCGCGCGCCGGCGGGGACUCGGAGCCGCGGGCGGCGGAGGCGCGGGCCUGGGCGGGGGGCGCGCGGCCGUGCCCCGGCGUCUGGGACCCCAACUGGGACAGGCGAGAGCCACUCUCUCUGGUCAACCUGCGGAAGAGGAACGUGGAGUCUGGAGAAGAGGAGCUGGCAUCCAGGCUGGACCACUACAAGGCCAAGGCCACGAGGCACAUCUUCCUCAUCAGGCAUUCCCAGUACCACAUGGACGGCUGCCUGGAAAAGGACCGCACUCUGACCCCACUAGGUCGGGAACAGGCUGAACUCACAGGGCUCCGACUUGCCAGCUUGGGGUUGAAGUUUAAUAAAAUCGUCCACUCCUCCAUGACCCGUGCUGUGGAGACCACAGAUAUCAUCAGCAAGCACCUGCCAGGCGUCUCCAGAGUCAGCACAGACCUACUGCGAGAAGGCGCGCCCAUCGAGCCCGACCCUCCCGUGUCUCACUGGAAGCCAGAGGCUGUGCAGUAUUACGAAGAUGGUGCCCGAAUCGAGGCCGCCUUCCGGAACUACAUCCACAGGGCAGAUGCCAAGCAGGAGGAGGACAGCUAUGAAAUCUUCAUAUGCCACGCCAACGUCAUCCGCUACAUUGUCUGCAGAGCACUGCAGUUCCCUCCGGAAGGCUGGCUCCGUCUCUCCCUCAACAAUGGCAGCAUCACCCACCUGGUGAUCCGACCAGAUGGCCGAGUGGCACUCAGGACCCUUGGGGACACAGGGUUCAUGCCUCCCAACAAGAUCACCCGGUCUUGAAGGCCCCGAGGGACUCUGCCCUUCUCUGCGUGCAGCCUGAUGCAGCCUUCCCUCCUGUCCCCUGUCCAGGCUGCGCGUGCGGACACGUCUCAGAUGCGGGGCUUGAGCAGUUGUGUCUGGCCCACUGAAGAGGGAGAACUUGGGGCCAGACAGCCUGACUUUCUUCCUCUGUCCUGCCAGGACAGCCCCAUGGGUGUGGGGUGAGGACCUUCUCAGGCAAGAGGACGGCCUGUGCUGGGCUUGAACAGGCCUGGCUUGCCAUCCCUUUGGACCACCAUGGCAGGUCUGCAAGGGUGGUCAAGUAGCAAGUGACUCCAGGCUCUGCCAGAGCUGGUGAGGCAGGACAAAACUGUAACAGCUCGCUUCACGUCAUACAUUCUUAUUCUGAAAACCUCUGUCGCGUCAGUGUUUGUCAAAAUAUGUUCCUCAUCUGGGUUCUUGCUUUGAAAACCACUUUCUCACCCCAGAGUUAGGGAUCCUGAUACUAUAGUAUCUGAAGGUACAGGGACUGGCCAGCUGCACAGGUGGACUUGGGUGAGAAGAAGUGAGUCUCAGUGCCAUGGUCCAUGUGCUGGCCUCGGCAGACAGGGUGGUGGGCGGGUGACGCUGGGCAAGUUAUCCUGAGACAUCCGGGCUGACAGCUCCAUCUUGGUCUGCACCCGGCUUCUGUUCAUCUUUUGGGCUUGUGGGUUAAAUAAAAUAUUUGGACACGAUA